AUGGCAAAAGAUCUCCCUGGAGGACAUUUCACUCGAAGAAGGGAUGUUAACUCACAGUCUCUACUAGAAAAUACUUGCAACAACAAACGUCUGGACCUUGUCUUCAUCAUUGACAGCUCUCGCAGUGUACGUCCUUACGACUUUGAAAAAGUGAAGGAGUUUAUUUUAACCAUCUUGCAGUUUCUGGACAUCAAUCCUGAUGCCACCCGAGUAGGUCUGAUUCAGUACGGCAGCACAGUCAAACAUGAGUUCUCGCUGAAGACAUUCAGGAGGAAGCAGGAUAUUGAAAGAGCAGUGAAGAGGAUGAUGCACCUGGCAACUGGCACCAUGACUGGACUGGCUAUUCAGUAUGCAGUGAACAUCGCAUUUUCAGAGUCAGAAGGAGCUCGACCUCUGAAGCAGAAUGUGCCCCGAAUUAUCAUGAUAGUGACGGAUGGGAGACCUCAGGAUCCAGUGGCAGAGAUUGCUGCAAAAGCUCGUAACUCGGGUAUCCUGAUUUUUGCCAUCGGAGUGGGAAGAGUAGAUAUGAACACGCUGAAGUCCAUUGGGAGUGAGCCACAUGAAGAGCAUGUGUUUCUGGUUGCUAAUUUCAGUCAGAUUGAAACGCUGACCUCUGCCUUCCAGACUAAACUUUGUGUGCCCCAUAUGUGCAGUACAGUUGAGCAUCGCUGUGAUCACUUCUGCAUAAACACCCCUGGCUCCUAUGUAUGCAAAUGUAAACAAGGAUACAUUCUGAAUGCUGACCAGAAGACUUGCAGCACUCAGGACCUUUGUGCUGUGGAGAAACAUGCCUGUGAGCAGAUUUGCGUGAACACACCUGGGUCUUACGUCUGUCAGUGUUAUGAAGGGUAUGAGCUUGAUGCAAAUGGAAAGAAUUGUGUCGUUGUAGACUACUGUGCUUUGGAUAACCAAGGUUGCCAACAUGAAUGUGUUAACACUGAGGAGUCCUAUUACUGUCGAUGCCACCCAGGGUUCAUUUUAAAUCCAGACAAAAGAACUUGCAGAAGACCAGACUAUUGUGCUCUUCAAGACCAUGGCUGUGAACAGGAAUGUGUUAAUACAGAUGAUUCCUACUUUUGUCAAUGCCAAGAGGGGUUUAGACUUAAUCCAGAUAAGAAAACAUGCAAAAAAGUAAACUUCUGUGCUUUAGGUCAGCAUGACUGUGAACAUGAAUGUGUUAACAUGGAAGAGACAUUUGUGUGCAAAUGUCAUCCUGCAAUGCCCAACAAUAUGACAGCAAUAUGAGUGGACCACUGUGCUGAAAGCAACCAUGGCUGCGAGCAACUGUGCCUAAAUACUGAUGUCUCCUAUGUUUGUCAGUGCUCUGAAGGAUUUGUCAUUAAUGAGGACCUAAAAACCUGCACACGAGUUGACUAUUGUGCUCUGAGUGAUCAUGGCUGUGAACAUUUGUGCGUAAAUGGUGACAGAUCUUAUACCUGUCAGUGUUUUGAAGGAUACAGGCUUCGUAACGAUGGGAAAACAUGUAAACAUAAAGACAUUUGCAGUUCAGUUGACCAUGGCUGUGAACAUGUUUGUGUUAAUGCUGAUGAGUCAUACAUCUGCCAGUGUUAUGAGGGAUUUGCACUAAGGGAAGAUGGAAAAACAUGUAGAAAUAAGGACGUCUGCAAAUCAGUCAGUCAUGGCUGUGAACAUCUUUGUGUUAAUAAUGACGAUUCAUACACUUGCCAGUGCCAUGAUGGAUUUGUACUGAGGCAAGAUGGGAAAACAUGCCGAAAUAAAGAUGUCUGCAAAUCAGUUGCCCAUGGUUGUGAACAUAUUUGUGUUAAUAAUAACGAUUCAUACAUCUGCAAAUGCCAGGAGGGAUAUGUACUAAAAGAGGAUCAGAAAACAUGCAGAAGGUGCACCGAAGGCCCAGUUGACCUGGUGUUUGUGAUUGAUGGAUCAAAAAGUCUCGGAGAGGAUAAUUUUGAAAUUGUAAAACAAUUUGUCUCAGGAAUUUUGGACACACUUGAGAUUUCACCCAAAGCUGCUCGAGUUGGUUUGCUUCAGUAUUCCACUGAAGUUCGCACAGAGUUUACGCUAAAGCAGUUCAGCUCAGCCAAAGACAUGAAGAAAGCUGUAUCACAAAUGAAAUACAUGGGGCGAGGUUCCAUGACAGGACUGGCUCUGAAGCAAAUGUUUGAGAGAAGCUUCACAGAAACAGAAGGAGCAAGACCAUUAUCAGCAAAUGUCCCUCGAAUCUCCAUUGUGUUUACGGAUGGACGAGCCCAAGAUGAAGUCUCCGAGUGGGCUGCUAGGGCAAAGCGAAAUGGUAUAAUUAUCUAUGCCAUUGGAAUAGGAAAAGCAAUUGAGGAAGAACUGCUGGAAAUUGCUUCGGAGCCAUCAUAUAAACAUCUCUUCUAUGCUGAGGAUUUCACAGCUAUGGAGGACAUAAGUGAAGAGCUAAGAGCCCAAAUCUGUGAAGCCUUGAAAGAGUCAGCUCACCAGCAAGAUCCAGCAUCUGCGAGGUCUCAUAAGACUGGUCCACAGCCUUCAGGACCUGAAUCAACCACAAUAGCCAUCACAGAUGUCAUUGCCUGUCCCAAUCUUGCAAUACACCACAAGUAUCUUUUUGAAGACAGUCACACUCACUCAACAAGAACAACAGCAAAAGCUUCAAAAGAUAAAGACCAGUGCAAAUGUGAAAACCUUGUAACAUUCCAGAACUAUGCAACCAAUGAAGUAAGAAAACUCACCCAACGAUUGGAAGAAAUGACAAAGAGAAUGGAAGACUUGGAAAGCAGGCUAAAAUACUGAUCAAAAUAUACUGUAUAUUUAUACAUACAAACUUGUCAGACCUAUUUUCUUAAACUGGUUCAAAGUAAA